AUGUCGGAUUGGGGCCUGGUUUUCGUUGCAAUGGUGCUUUUCGUUCUCCUAACGUCGGGGUUGCUGUUUUAG